UCGAGCCCCCUCGUCGCCCGUUUUUUCACUCCCGUUCAGCGACCCCCGGAAGAACAAAGGCUCCGCCGCGAAUGUAGAUGAAGUCGAAACCCCACAACCAUCUUCUUCCUCCGUGAGGAGUCCGGGAGACCCACUGUCUAUGGCUUGUAUCCGUCGUCGCCGGCGAGGAGGUGGAGCUGUCGAGCGCGAGGUGGCGAGCGGUCCUCGUCUUGGGUGUCGUAGCUUCUUCAAGAUCGUACUCGCCGACGCCCUUGCAUCCGGAAAGCUCGGAAUUCCAAAGAAUUUCUUGAGAAGAUGUGGAAAGGAUCUCUCAAACUCGGUGCUUCUCGAGGUUCCAGAUGGCUCAACCUGGACUAUAGAGCUAGAAAAGUGUAACAAUGACAUGGUUUUGUUGUGGAAAGGGUGGCGGGAAUUCAUGGAGCAUUACUCCAUUGGUCAUGGUCACCUCCUAGUUUUCAAAUAUGAGGGGAGCUCCGCUUUUCGCGUGAUAAUAUUCAAUAAGAGUGCUUCAGAGAUAGAUUAUUGGUCGAGCAGCGGCAAAACAUCAUUCGUUGGGAGAGAACUUCCCUCACCAAAAACAGAAGAUGUCGUAGAAGCAGAAGAUCUGGAGGAUGUCACGCCCCAUCGAAGAAUGAGGAUCGAACCACAUUUACCUUAUUCUGAGCUUAGUCUUGGCUACUCACCGCAAGGAUCCGUAGUUCCCAUUGAUACUGACCCCGAGGAACCAAAUCUGUCUCAAGCUCAAGUUGGCCUGACGGAUAAGAUUAAGCAGCCUACACGCAGAGUGAGCCAUUCUGAGCAGGUUUUUCAUGGUCCUGCACUUCCAAGGCCUCUCACUAGUCCUGAAUUAGUCCGCAAAAGUGAUCCUGAACAUCCCUUUUUCAAAAAGACGAUCUGGCAAUCUCAUACGGUUAGACUGGAUAUUCCAGGUGGAUUCACUAAGCAGCAUAUUCAGGAAAAGCAAAGAGCAACUCUUAGGUAUGCCAACAGAUCAUGGUCAGUGAGGCUCAUCAGGGACAGCAGACGUGUUGGAGGGGCUCCGUGUCUGUCCUUUUCUGCUGGUUGGCGUGCAUUUGCAAGAGAAACUCAUCUGUGUGUAGGAAAUGUCUGCGUGUUCAAGCUAAUUGAUAGGAAUGAUAUUGUGUUUGAAGUCUCCAUUUUGAGUGGGGAUUUUCAUGGUCCUACACUAUCAAAGCCUCUCAAGUUUUCCUGUUUAGCUAGCAAUGUUGAUUCGGAGCAUCCCUUCUUCAUACGGGUGACCCGACAAAGUUACAUCAAUGGCCUGAGUGUUCCAGUUGAAUUUGCCAAUCAACAUCUUCAGGAACACAAACAAAUAGCGACUCUUUGGCAUUCGGACAGAUCGUGGCCAGUGAAGAUCCUUGGAAGCCAUCGACAGGCCACUGGUAGUCCAGCUCUGUACUUCUCCACCGGUUGGCGUGCAUUCGCAAGAGAAGCUCAUCUGCGUCCAGGAAAUGUCUGCUUGUUUGAGCUCAUCGAUCAGGAGGAUACCGUGUUCAAAGUCUCCAUUUUGAGCGGCGCUGGUAGUGACACGAUUCACGUCGAUCAAGAUGAACAUCAGAAGUAUUACCUUAGGCCAUUGCAGCAUCGAAAUGAUUCCAGGGUUCCUAAUAAUGCCUCCUUUUCUUAAGCAGCGCCGCAGCGAAUCAAUGAAAAGCACUCUUUUCUGCUUUUCUUCUUUUCUUCAUUCUUCCUUUUUGUGUUAGUUUCAAUUCUAUGACUUCCUCGCUCGGAAAGAACCUCUCAAAUUCGGUGAAUCUUUAUGGUUUUGCACAGCGGCUCAACCUGAUCAGUAAAUUUACAAAGGAGUAAAGAUAUGCUCUGAUG